CUCGUUUGUUUGCGCCAGUCCGUGGUAACAGCUGGCGGCGGUAAUGAGCUCCGGCUUAGAAUGAUAUCUCUGGUGUAGACUGCAGGAAGUAGAAGAAGAACCAAUUGCUAAAGGGAAGUGCCGCAGCGCGUGCACCUUAGUCCUGUGGCGCUGCGUUAGCUAAAGUAGCGCCUUUUAAUUAGCCCGGCACAGGAGAAAAACAACAACGUUUUUAAAAACAAAAACUAGAUAGCGUGGAGAAAUGGCCACUGAUUCGGGCUACGGUGGCUCACAAAGCUAUGGCUCAUAUGGAGGUCAACCAGGCGGACAGGGUUAUGGACAAGGCAACGGCAGUGGCAGUGCUGGUGGAAGCAGCGCUUACGGUGCACAGACUUAUCCUGGAUAUGGACAACAAGGUCCCACACAAGAAGGUUAUGGUCAAACUCAACAGAAUUACAGUAGUUAUGGACAGGAUUCGUCCGGGUAUGGUGACAAACCAGCUUACAGCCAGCCAGGAUCUGCGUCUUAUGGCCAGCAAAGUUCUUAUGGACAACAAGGCUCAUAUGGUGGCCAGGGGCAAGCAGGUGACACCUAUGGACAGCAAGCCUCCUAUGGUGGACAGGCCGGCAGUACAUAUGGCAGUGGCCAGGGGCAAGGAGCUGGUGGUGGUGGUGGCACUGGCUAUGGGAGAUGGAGCGAAGGUGAAGGGGGAGCACAGGGUGGGAGGUUUGGGCGUGACCAGGGAGAUCGCUCAGAAGGAGGAGGCGGUGGCUUCAGAGGUCGAGGCCGCGGUGGUGGCGCUGGCUAUGAGCGUGGUGGAUAUGACCGCAGCGGUGGAUACGACCGUGGUGGAUAUGAUCGCGGUGGCAGAGGUGGACCUCCUGGUAUGGGAGGUGGUGACCGUGGUGGCUACAAAAAUUUCGGUGGAUCUCGAGACUACGGCUCACGGGAUGAACCAGCUGGAGAGCAGGACAACUCGGACAACAACACCAUUUUUGUACAGGGACUUGGAGAAGAUGCCACAGUUCAGGAAGUUGGAGACUACUUCAAACAAAUUGGCAUCAUCAAGGUGAACAAGAAAACGGGUCAGCCCAUGAUCAAUAUCUACUCUGACAAAGCCACGGGCCGGCCAAAGGGAGAGGCUACCGUGUCCUUUGAUGACCCUCCCUCAGCCAAGGCUGCCAUCGACUGGUUUGAUGGCAAGGAAUUCAACGGCAAACCCAUCAAAGUUUCGUUUGCCACGCGCAGAGCUGAGUUCACGCAGAGAGGAGGAGGCAGCGGCGGCAGAGGGGGGCGAGGAGGUUUCAGGGGUCGUGGUGGUGGAGGACCCAGCUUUGACAUAAAGGGAGGAGACUGGCCCUGUCCCAACAGCUCUUGCGGGAACAUGAACUUCGCCCGGCGGCAGGAGUGUAACAAAUGCGGUGCGCCCAAACCGGGAGACGCCGGAUACGGAGGUGGAGAUCGCGGGGGCAGAGGCGGCUACAGCGGUGACAGGGGCAGCGGCGGCUUCCGGGGCCGCGGAGGCUUCCGUGGUGGAGAUCGUGGCAGCUAUGGAGGCGGCGGAGGAGGAGGAGGAGGAGGAGGAUUUGGUGGUGGCUACAAGAUGGGAGGAAGAGACGACCGCCGAGACGACAGAAGAGGACGGCCAUAUUAAGGAACCAUUCCAGCCCUUAAAUUUGCCACAGAUCUAGGAUUUGACUUUGGGGAGGAAAUUGGGGAGGGCAGACGGGACAUUCAGAUUUCUCUGCUUUCUGCGGUCUGUUCAUCCUGAGUAUUACUGUUCUGAGAGGGUGCGUGGAGCUGAUGUGAACAGGCUAUUGGGCUGAUGUGACACUGUUGGCAUGUCUUUUUGUUUUUCUGUACAUCUUUUUUUUUUUGUUUUUUUUCCCCUCUGAUUCUAGAUGCAGAUGUUUUGUGAGAUAGACUUUGAACCAUUGUUUUGUAUGAAUGGAAUAAAAUGUUUUACUUGGGUUAUUGUUUUUGUUUCCUUCCAAAACAUUAAAAAAAUGUGACCUUUUCUCUGC